CAGGGCAUAAAGUAAAGGAGCGGGUUUUUAUUCAUUGUAAUAAUAGAGUAAAGAAACAAUUUCUAGAAGACAAAAGUUAUCGUUAUGAAUAUCAAUAGUCGAAGGGUACAAAUUUUAUUAAAAGAACACAAUCAGUGGACAAUAAAGACAAAUAAUAAGAACGCGAUUUUACAAAGUGACCUCAACAAGCAGUUCGCACAACCUGCAGGCUAUACAAAAAGCAUGAAGAAAGCAAGAAGAAACAGAAGAAGUAUGUAAAAGGGGGAGGAAAAGAAAGCCACCAAUGCCUCGGCCUGGGAGUCCCAGUCUCCCACACAUUUGGCUGGGUCAAUCAACCACAAACCCAGCCAUCAUGGUACAAACGAGUGGGAACCAUGACGUACGCUACGUUUCGAGAGUCAAGUGCAAGCAAUCGGUUGUGGAUUGCCUGUGAGGAAGAGGAAAGGGAAGAGGAAAGGGAAGGGGUGGGGGAAGAGGAAAGGGAAGAGGAAAGGGAAGGGGUGGGGGUAGGGGAAAGAAUUGACUCUCGAAACACCCAAAAAAGAAAAAGAAAAAAAAUUGCUGCUGUUAGUCGAACGCGAUUUACGGUGGCACCUGGCUCCUCAUGCGAGCCCCACCAUGGCAGACCAGACCAGACCAGCAGACAAGGCAGCCCCAAGCAGGGACCGGUUGUAGGCAGCCAGGGGGACCACGGGAAAAAGGCUGAGACCAGGACCGACAGAGGCAAGACCAGGACCAAGGGAAGAGCCAGAGCGAAGGGAAGACCAGAACCAAGGGAAGAGCCAAGAGGAAGACCAGGAGGAUUUCAAGGGAGUGAAGGAAAUAGAAAAAUGAAGGAAAGAAAGAGUGAAGAGAAAAAAGGGAAUGGCCUGAGAAAUGUGGGCGUAUUUACAUUUUUUGAACUCAAACCCCUGUCUUAAAAAAACACGUCACGUGACUUGUGAUUCGUCAUUCAAAAACAUGUGAGAAAGCAAAGGGUAGGGAAGAAAAAAACAUGUGCAGAAGAGACAUGGUCAAGCGGUCAAGCGGUCAAGCGGUCAAGAAGAAGGCGUGUGUGAUUUGCGUGUAUUGGUUGUCCUACG